AUGAGGCCGUUCUCGUUCCUUAUCGCCGGUCUCACACUGGUCUCUGGUGCCAUCGCCGUCGACAUCCAGAAAUCAGUUCUCGUCACCUAUCCGCCCGAGACCCCCGACUCGGUUGUGGCACAGGCCAAGCAAGCUGUAGUGGACGCUGGCGGAAUCAUCACCCACGAGUACACCCUAAUCAAGGGGUUUGCGGCAAAGGUUGGCGAGAAAGUACUCGGCUCGGUUUCGGCAUGGGGAAAGGACUACCAAGUGCUGGUUGAGGAGGAUCAGGAGGUUCACCAAAUGGGUGGCGGUGGUGUCGGUCUUUGA